AUGUCUGUCCCAUUGCCCCCAAACGAAAGUCGUGGACCCAGCCUAAUCGCUAAUCAAUGGAUCACCGUGUCCAUUGCAUCAUUGCUCGUUUUGUUGCGUGUGUAUACUCGAGCAUUUCUCCGUAAAGCAGCAGGCGCCGAUGACUGGACGAUCGUGAUUGCUAUGGGCUUUGCUGUUGCCCAGGGCAUCGUCACAACCUUUGGGGUGGACAACGGGUUUGGACGACAUAUCGAGUACUUACAGCCUGACCAGAUCAGGAAUGUCCUUCUCAUGACUCAAAUCCUUGAGGUUCUCUAUACUAUUGGGACCUUUCUCGUCAGAGUCUCUGUGUGUCUCUUGGUUCUACGUAUGGUACCUCCCACACACCGGGAAUUCUUCAAGUACACAUACAUCUUCCUCGCAUUCUUCGCCGUCAUGAGCACUGCUACUUUGCUGUCCAUCCUCCUCGCAUGUAUCCCGAUUCAGGGUACGUGGGACAGGGAAAUCAAGGCGCGUUGCAUCCCACCCUUAGAUUUGACCAUCAUCGCCAAGACCCAGUGUGGCAUGUGGCUCCACAUCUUGGAAUCUGAAUAA